GAGGGACAGUACCACCAAAGUGUGACUGUGUGAGCGAAUGAAUGAUGUAUCCAAUGUAAAGCGCUUUGAGGGUCUCUGAUAAAGCGCUAUAUGAAAUCUGAUGCAUUAUUAUUAUUAUUUAUUAGUACCAUACAGUUGAAACCAGAAGUUUACAUACACUAUAUAAAAAGGCACAUAACCUUUUUUUCUCACUGUCUAACAUUAAAUGAGAUUAAACUUUUCCUAUUUUUUGUCAAUUAGGAUUACCAAAAUUAUUUUUAUUUGCUAAUUGCCAGAAUAAUGAGAGAGAGAAUUUUUUAGACAAUUUUUAUUACUUUCUCGAGAGUCAAAAGUUAACAUACACUAAGGUGACUAUGCUUUUAAACAAUUUGAGAAAGUCCAGAUGAUGAUAUCAUGUCCUUGGAAGCCUCUGAUAGGUUUAUUGACAACAUUUGAGUUAAUUAGAGGCACAUCUGUGGAUGUAUUUUAGGGCACACCUGAAACACACUGCUUCUUUUUGUAACAUCAGGGGAAAAAUUAAAAGAAAUCUGCCAAGAUAUCAGGAAAAUUAAUGGGGACUUACACAAGUCUGGUUCACCCUUGGGUGCAAUUUCCAGAUGCCUGAAGGUGCCACUUACAUCCAUUCAAACAAUUAUAUGCAAGUAUAAACACCAUGGGAAUGUCCAGACAUCAUACCGCUCAGGAAGGAGACGGGCUCUAUGUCCCAGUGAUGAACGUGCUUUGGUCCAAAAUGUGAAUAUUAAUCCAAGAACAACAGCAAAAUCCCUUGUGAAGAUGCUGGCUGAAGCUGGUAAGAGUGUGUCAUUAUCAACAGUGGAACAAGUCCUGUACCCACAUGGGCUGAAAGGCCACUGUCUCAGGGGGAAGCCGUUAGUCCAAAAGAAACAUAAAAAGUCAGAUUAUAGUUUGCAAAUGCACACAGGGACAAAGAUCUUAAUUUUUGAAGACAUGUCCUGUGGUCUGAUGAAGCUGAAAUGGAACUUUUUGGCCAUAAUGACCAUUGUUACAUUUGGAGGGGAAAAGGGGAAGCUUGCAAGCCUGAAAAAACACCAUCUCAGGUGUGAAAUAUGGGGGUGGCAGCACCAUGUUGUGGGGUUGUUUUGCAGCAGGAGGGACUGGUGCACUUCAUAAAUAGAUGGCAUCAUGAGGAAAGAACAUUAUAUGGAAAUUAAGUAACAUCUCAAGACAUCAGCCAGGAAGUUAAAGCUUGGGCGCAAAUGGGUUUUCCAAAUGGAUAGUGAUCCUAAGCAUUUUGCCAAACUGGUUACAAAGUGGUGUAAGGAUAACAAAGUCAAAGUUUUGAAGUGGCCAUCACAAAGCCCUAAACUCAAUCCUAUUGAAAAUUUAUGGGCAGAACUGAAAAGUCUAGUGCAAACAAGGUGGCCUACAAACUUGGCUCAGUUACACCAGUUCUGUCAGGAGAAAUGGGACAAAAUUCCUGCAAACUAUUGUGAGAAGCUUGUGGAAGCAUGUCCAAAACAUUUGACUUAAGUCAUACAAUUAAAAGGCAGCUACAAAAAUACUAAUGAAAUGUAUGUAAACUUUUGACUCGAGAAAAUAAUUAAAAAAUGUCUAAAAAAUCCUCUCUCUCUCUCGUUAUUUUGGCAUUUAGCAUAUAAAAAUAAUUUUGGUGAACCUAAUUGACCAAAAACAGGAAAAGUUUAAUCUGAUUUAAUGUUAGACAUUGAGGAAAAAAAGGUUACGUGCCUUCUAUACUUAUAGUAUACCCUAUACUUAUAGUAAUUUUCUCUUUAACCUUGUCUUUUUUAAUUUCCCCAACUGGAAAAUGCUGAAAGGAUAUCCAGUCUAAAAAAAAUAAUACCUCUUAAACCCCAGAGCUAAGCUGACCAAACAGCCUAUCAAUCAAUUUACUUACCAAUGUGACGACAGUAGAGUAUUCCCACUCCUAAGUGGACAUUUCCAAUGGUUCACUGUUGCAAACACUAGAUGUCAGUGUUCUCAAAUCAAGGUAAGGACAGGUGGGCCACACAACACCUUCAGCAGCUACAGCUUUGCAUCAUGGUUAAUAGAGUACUGGUAGGAGACUCUCCACAAGAACUACAAAUUGAACCAUGUGACACUGCAAACUAACAGUGACAGGUUGAGAAGGUUCAUGCUGCUUGUUUUUGGUGUGUGUGUGUGUGUGUGUGUGUGUGUGUGUGUGUGUGUGUGUGUGUGUGUGUGUGUGCUGGGUGACAAGUAAUGCGGAACUUCUCGGCGUGGUUGUGUUGUGGCUUCCUUCUCUCUGAAACUUCUUCAAACACGUUCACACAAAGAGAGACAGUCAGGCAGAGCGGAGGUUCGGGGCUGACAGCUCAACUUCGUGUUGUACCGAGAGAGAAAGAAACGUGACUUUAGGAUGAAAAGUCCGUACGGUGAGAGGUGACCCUAAGCUGAAGUGUUAAACCAUGAAUUCAUGAUAACACUGAUGUUUUUGUCUAUAUGAAGUGAGCGUGAAUGCUUUUAGGACGCCUUUUGUUUGUACUUUUUUAAUCGCUUUUUGAACGUCUUCACCCUGCGCGUGAGGGUUCGGGUGAACUACCAGGUGUAAAAUGAAGUUUAACGGUUACCUGAGGCUGCGGAUAGGUGAGGCGGUGGACCUGAAGCCGACCACCUUCUCCCUCCGCCACUCUGUCAUCUUCAACAAAGCCGCGCCAUCUGCUUUGGACCCAUAUAUUGUCGUUAAAGUGGACGACGACAAAAUUGGACAAACUCACACGAAACAGAAAACAAACACACCGACUUACAACGAGGAGUUCUGCCUCAACGUGAAGAACGGCCAGCAGAUUGAGAUGGCUGUUUUCCACGACACCCCCAUUGGGUAUGAUGACUUUGUGGCCAACUGCAUUGUCCAGUUUGAGGACCUUAUCAAGACCUCUAACACAGGAGAGACCUUUGAAGGAUGGGUGAGUACAUAAAAAAUAAAACAGGAUUAUAUUUUAAUGGAAAAUAUUGAAGCAAAUCCUCUGGCAGGGUAAGAAUCUGUUGAGUCCUAGUACCCAAUCAUCACAACACUGGCCACUUAAAGAGAGCAAAGCUGGGCAAGGCUAAAAACAUGUUUGCAAUUCAAUAACCCAUACAACAACAAUUAUACCAUUUUCUCUUAAGCAGUCAGUGCAUUGGUAUUUAAGCAGAGCAAAUCAGUGAUUCAUAAUACAGCGUCCAUUCAAAAUCUUUGACAGUAAACCGGGCCUGACAGGUUUCCUGGUGUCCAUACAGACUAACCAGAGUAUGAACCUGAAGUGAACUGAUCAGAGGGAACCAAGGGGCUGAUUUUGUAUCUAAAAUAAACAGGUGACUUAACAUGUUAAGAACAAAUUUAUUGUAAAGAAGUUAAUGGUAAAUGUCUCAGUCAUUAAAUGACAUGAUACAUUGGCAGAGAAGUGUGGGGUCCAUAGAUCCUGCACAUGAGCCACAUGCCAGGAUUUCAUCUAAAUGUUUAGAUCAUCCAUUUUUUAAAAUUACCAUUAUUAAAUAUAAUAAUAAUAAUAUUAUAUUGAUAAUCUUUAUGGAAACAGACGCCAACUAAAACUUUGAGUACCCCAGUGCAAAUUUUAUUGGAACUUCACUGAAAGAUGAAAACAUGAUUCAAAAAAAUGUGAAAAGGAGAAGGAUAAAAGUUAUCCUUGGAAGACGUCUCUUUGCUGAUUCAGUGUUUUACUUUUGAGUAAAGUGCUCGGUGUCCCUUGGACAAGCAAAGCAGAGAUGCAUAUUCAGUUUUAUGAUUCACGAUUCAAGCUUCUUCUUGUCAAUUUCUGCCAUACGUGAGUACAUACACAGGAAUAAAAAAAACAAUGUUUCUCUCCACCCCACGGUGCAGAAAUACAGGGAGUAAUUUGGAAAAUACAAAAAACAUGUUAAGAAGAAAUUCAUUGUAAAGAAAUUAAAGGUAAAUGUCUCAGUCAUUAAAUGACAUGAUGCAUUGGCAGACAAGUGUGGGGUCCACAGACCCUGCACAUGUGCCACUUGCCCAGGAUUUAAUCUAAAUGUUUAGAUCAUCCAUUUUUUAAAUUACCAGUAUUAAUUAUUAUACUUUGUUUCAUUUACGGUAUCAGUAAAUAUUGAUAAUCUUUAUGGAAACAGACGCCAACUAAAACUUUUCUCCCAUGAGUACCCCAGUUCAAAUUUUAUUGGAACUUCACUGAAAGAUGAAAACAUGAUUUAAAAAUAUGUGAAAAGGAGAAGGAUAAAAGUUGUGCUUGGAGGACGUCUCUUUGCUGAUUCAGUGUUGUGAGUGAAGUGCUCUGUGUCCCUUGGACAAGCAAAGCAGAGAUGCAUAUUCAGUUUCAUGAUUCACGAUUCAAGCUUCUUCUUGUCAAUUUCUGCCAUCCGUGAGUACAUACACAGGAAUAAUAAAAAAAAAGAUGUUUCUCUCCAGCCCAGGUUGCAGAAAUACAGAGAACAAUUUGGAAAAUAUGAAAAAAAUUCAACAGAGAAGAGUAUAAUACAGGAGAAGAGUUGUAUAGUCUAUCUGCUUUACUUCCUGCAACAAGCACUUUUUUGCUGUAGUUGGCGGCCCUUAAAAAACUCCAGUCAGUCCAGCUUGUGUUUCUUUUUAUUGGCUUGUAUGGAAAAGUUGUUGAGUAGCUGUGUAAGCUGUGUGCGAGUUGUGAAAAACAGCGCUUUAGAGUUUAAUUAUUGUUUAUUUCUAUUCAGUCGCUUUCUUUUAAAAGCACAUUUUUAUUUCAAAUGCAUACAAAUGAACAGUGUAACAUUAUUUGAGCCUUUGCUAGUUGAAGAAUGUCUUAGAAAAGAUGUUUCCAGUGUAUAAAAAGUAAAAAAUCAAUUAAUAUAGCCUUAAGAACCUUCAAUGCACAUUUACUGCACAGGAAUAUUGUAGUUUUAUCCCUCGAGAGCUUUGACACAUGCUUAACAUUUGGGAGGAUGUUCAGGAAGCAAAGCAGACUAUUAAUCUUGCCCACAGCACGUGCUGUUUGCACUCAGUGAGUAACUUCGCCUGUGUUGCUCUCCAAAUGCAUCAACUGUGGCUCAUCUGCUCUGAGCCCAGCCCCAACCUGUGCCCUUAAGCACAGGAAAGCCAAAGCAGCCCACUAUCACUGACACAUGUAUUGGUUUCGGCUGUGUCCGCUGGACAGAUCUUUCACAGCUUGUGCUUAUCGGCUCAGAAAUUUUUCCUUUGAUUAUCAACAAGUGCGGUCUGAAACCAAACAAACUGCUGCCAAGGCGAGGUGUUAAUUCUGCUCGCAGGGUGCGCAUUCAAGGGGGCAAAGGUCACAAUGCAAAACCAGCUCUUUUUUUUUUUAACUACUUCUUAUUCAUACUAAACAAAAUGGAUAUAAAACAGCCCUCGCAGAAGCUCAGAGUAGAGGUCCUCAGUAAAGCAUCAUAUGUGUAUUUUACUCUUCCAGAGAUAAACAAAUGCUGCCCCUUCAAGCUGGAGUUUCCUUCUGAUUGCUAACUUUCAUCCCUCCAGGACUUUAAGCCACUGCAGGUGUCAGUGAUUGUAAUAUGAACCUGUCCAGGCCUGGAGCAGGCUCAGGCAGUAUCGACUACCAAACACAAUGCAAUCUCUAUUACAUGCUGAUUUGUCUGGUUUCUACAGCAGCCAAUAUAGUUUCUGUUAAUGAAGCACAUUUAUCUGCAAGUUUCUUAUCUACUUUCUUAAACCUCAAGUAAAUUUAAUGCCCAAUUAAAGUAUAUAAUAAUAUGCAAAGCACUUCUUGUCGUAUGUUUGUGAGGGUAGAGUGUGAAAAAGUAACAAAAAAAAUAGUCGAAUUCAAAGACCCAAAGCAUGGAGGGGAAGUGGUGUGAAAGGGUAGUGUUUGGUCUGCAGUUUCUAAAGAGCUACAUUGACAGAGCAUCUGACUUUCUCACUUCUAGAUGCAAGCUUUAAGCUGUUAUCUGCUGUAUCUGGGCUGUGGAGAGUUUCUCUGCUUUGUUUCACAGAAGAAGUGCUGCUGGGCUGGUUUGUUUCACACACGAGGCAGCUGAGGCUUCAGACACAAGCCUCCACACGCCCACGCUGCUGUUUAUCACAUCGUUCCCACCAUCUGAUCAGCACUUGAGGGCUCACUGUAAAACACUCAUACUCUAAUUGCUCUUAUCCAGAUGUUACUCUUUCUUUCUUACAUUUUAAACAGCGCGUUAGACCUCCCACAAGAUGGAUUAAACAUACAACAAAGGUCUUUGCUGCUGUGAACUGAUAAAAAUUAAAGUUAAAUCUUUAAGAUGGCUAACUUCUGCUUUUAACCAAAAAUGAAGUGUCAGGGCUGACACCAUCAGUCUGAGAGAUGACAUUCAAACACAUGAGUGAAGCUUGUUUCCUUUGCCGCCCACCUGUUUACACUAAAUGACAGCACUGCGAAACAUCUCUGACCUGUUUCUCGGUUAUUUAGCCUCAAAUGUCACAACAUGUUAGAUGUAUUUAGAACUGUAAUAUUUUUAUUUUUGGUGUUGGAGUUCUUUCUUGAGCUGAAUUUCAGGGCAUUGAAACUGAAAGUGGGCUAAGUAUGGCCCACCACAUUUUCCAGCAAAGUGUUCUGACUGCUCAAGUGAAACGGGCCUCAUCGCCUGUGGCUAAAAAAGACACUUCCUCCUUUGUGAUGAGGCAUUCAAAGUUCUGCUUUUAACUAUAUCACCAUCACUAACAUCUAUUAACCAUUAGUUACGCUGCUGCACUUUGGUAGAUCCAAGCUCAAGCGUUGUUUAAUUGAAAGAGUCAUUGGCAGCAGUCAUUGCUCCUCCCCUCUGUCUUCAUAGCAAGUAUGCUGUGAUGGCUUACUGCUCCGCUUGCUCAUGUGUUUUAUUUAAUUUAAUUUUUUUUAAAGAUGUAGGUGUUUGAAUAAAAUAAGCAUAGAUUAGUAAUCAGAAGCUUGAGCAAUAAAGGUAAAAGCUACCGUUUUCAUCUGGGGUUGAAAUUUAAUUCAUUGCAAACCUUUGCAAUUCCCUAAUAUGCAGUUUUUAAGCACAUAAGUCCUCACUAAGAAAACAUAUCAGGGCUGCACAUCAAGGGCCUUACAAAAGUGCUGCCAACACCCUUUCUUACACCCUCUUAAAAAUGGCACAGGCGUGAAGUGCCUUGUAUUUAUAAGUUGUCCAUUUACAAAAAUCAGAAGAUAAUUCACAACUAACUGAAAAUAGAAGGAAACUUUGUGUGUAUGCAAAGUUAUUCAUUUAAAGUGCUUAUUAUUUCUGUGACAAAGUUCCUGCUGCAGAAGGAGUGAGGGGAGUCUGGCCAAACCUUUUAAGUCUAGUCUCAUCUCUCCAUCCUAUUUAUAUUCAGCUUUAAGUGUGACUUCAGGCAGAGUCCACUCUGUAGCUAAGAGAAAGUGGGGAGAGACUGAAUUAAAUAAAAGGGCAAAGACAGCGUUUCAUCUUGUUUCUGUCUGGAUUAAAAAAAAAAAGAGGAUUAUAUUACUGACAACCCUGAUUUAAAGACAUUUUCAACCUAAUCAGGUGGACUUUUAACAGGUUAGUAACAUGACUGAGUAAAAAGGAGCACUUAUGAGAGGCUGACACGUACUGUAAAUAUGUGAAGAGGUUCAUCAUUCUGUAAGAGACUGCAUAAGUGAUGAGUUCAGCAACUUUAGAAUAAUGUUCAUCAACCUAAAAUUGACCAUGUGGUACAUCGCUAUCAAGACUGAGAGAAUUUAAGGGAAUUUCUAUGUAAAAAGCUGUGUCUAAGCUGAAAACUAAUACUGGGCUGUAAUAAUCUUCAGCUCUCAGGUAGCACCACAUAAAAAAAGUUACAUGGCUCUGUAGUGGAAAGUACUGCAUUCAUUGUCCAUGAACAAAGCUCACUGCCGUUUCCACAAACUCAGGUUAAAACUGUACCAAGACGGUUGAGUUCAAAAGCAGGCACAUAAAGGGAUAUUUGAUGGUAGGGGGGAUGUCCCCAUGAGACAGAUAACCUACACCUCUGGGAAGACACAUCAGCGCUGAAUGGUAGAAACAGGUUUUUGAACAACAUACUAUGCUGCCAUCCAGACACUGUUUCCUUCGGGGAGGACAUUACAUCAUUCAAAAAGAUAAUGAUAAACCUCAUUCUGCAUAAAUUAGCUCCAUACAAGAAAUACCCAUGUGAAAUGUGAUGCUGGUAUCAAAUUUUGAAAUGCGCAUAUAUAUUUUACAUAAAUCAGUACAGUACAGUUUGCUCAUUUGAUGUCAGCUUUAUGUUUUUUUUUAGUUAAAUAAGAAGCUUAAAGUGAACCAUUAUUUUCUAUUUUUAAUAUAGGCAUUCUACGCAGUGUCCGCCACGUGUCAUCUCUUCAGCUUUGCACAGGAACAUUUGGCCCAGUCUUCACUUACGUUGAGAUUAAUUGGUGUACAGUAAAAAACAAUGUUUACACUUUUGAUAGUGAUAGUUAUUUUAGACUCAGAAGUGCCGGUUACAGUAAAAUCAUUAGAGAGGAGAAAAACUGUCAGCUUUAGCUCAUACGCACACUUUUGUACGUGUUGUGGACUUUGCAAUAUUCAGUGUUAUCACUUUUUUUCUCACAUCAAGCCGAGUGUGUAAGCCGUCUGUCGGCAAAGGUGUUAUUCAGACAAAGGUGGCAUGCUAACAGACAUGAGGAGGGUGAAAUUUCACAAAUGUAUCUUUUAGGUCUGUGCAACAAUGGCCAAAGGCAAAAGUUAAAAUACCAAAGAUGACACAAACACUGGAGAGGUCCUUGUAGUGGAGGGGUCCAACUGCCUGUCUAGACUGUAGAUUCAGACACAGGAUAUGAGGAGGUCAGUGAAAACAAAAGUGGAGGUGUUUGCGAUGAAGUGAAACAAACUCUUCUUUUAAAGGAAGGUUUUAUGCAAAAUGUGCCAACUCUGUGGUUAACACUGAGUGUGGUCGUUUAUGGGGCCUUUUUCUAGGUAGGGGUGCAUGUGUUACAUAAGAAGAUCCUUAUUUAAGUGCACUGUGACCCAUGUUUCUGUCCAGUGGUUUCUGCGGAAAGUCUAUGUUCUGUCUGCUCGUCUCUGUCCUCCUAAAGACCCUCUCUUACAUAUAACAAUAUUUAGACAUUUGUAAGUCGUCAUCUCUCAGCUGAGUGACAGGUCAACACAACCUCUGCAACCAGCCCAACCUGCCAGACCUGCUUUGUUUUCUUUCUGCUUCGGUGUCCAAAUUCCUCUGACAGUACAUACAGACUUAAGAAUGCAAGAAUAUGAGGCUGCUGCAUAUUUUCAAGAAGACCAAUGCUCAGAAACUAGAAGAAUGAAUCUAAGAAGUAUUCAACUCUAAACUAUAACUUCAAAUGCAUCAUUUUUGCCUUAUCCCUCACAACUAAAAAGGUGUUAAAAUAUACUCAAUUUAACCAGGUGUGGUUAGUUUUAUAUUCAUUUUUUCAUAAUGAACUGGUUAUGUGGUUGUGUUGACUAUGCUGAAAUAUAAUUGCUUUUUUGUUUUUUGCGUCUCUGCAGAUGGACUUGGAGCCAGAGGGCAAAGUGUACAUCAUCAUAACACUCAAUGGAUCCUUCACUGAUGGUAAGUCUGUCACUGUAAGUUAAAAAACACAGCCCUGAGUUUCUCACAUGCCGAAUGGCACUUUGAAAAACAAUAGUCCCUGAGCCCUUUCAUGGUUGAAUAUGUACAUGUGUAACAUUAGAGGCCCAAAGAAUAGGCGUAUACAUGCUUCUGCGUGACUCGAGUAGGCUGGUAUGUGUCAGGUAUGUGCCUCUUCUUCUUUUCUCAGACGUCAUGUCUUCAGAGAUUAUGUCUGCAGACGUCAUCUUUUUGUUUUUUCAUCUGUUGUCAUCAUACUGCACUGCUAUCCAAAUGUAAUGGAAAAGAAAGACGUUCAAAGAUAUUUGGUAGAUAACAUCUUGAAGUCAAGCUCAUUCAGUAUCUUUCCCACUUGUGGAAGUCACCACGACUUUUUUUUUUUAAUCUUACCAUUGUUUUUAUCAGUAAAAGGUAGGUGUUGGAGGAGAGCUGACUGCAUGACUGCAUGCUUCUUUUUUUUCAGAUGCACUAUGCUGUUGUGUAAUCUGAUGUGUAUAUUUUAGUGUAUCUUCUAGCUGUUGAAUUUAAUUUAGUUGUUUUUCAUAACUUUGAAAAGCAUUUAGCCAAAUACUCCUUAGUUGUACUGAAAAGAAAUGAUCUCUGGGAUGUUCGUUUAGAAGUAAAGCCCCUUACUUCACAAACUUUUCAGCAAACGUCUCAGUUUACUCACCAAACUCAGAGGAUAACCUCAGCCUUUUAAACUGAUAUUUUUUACUGUGUAUGUACAUACUGUAACAGUCAGCUGAAUCGAAGGGUUAGUGUUGCUAAAAUAAAAGGAACCAAAAAUAUGUUUUUUUUUCUGUGUGCUGAUCAACCUCAGGGGACAAACAGUAAACAGUACAGAGCAGAAAUACUGAGCCAUUUAAAGUAAAUGGAAAUUUUAUGAUUUUGAUGUUUGCAGCAAAGGUGGCAGCAAUAAGAUAAUAUAAAAAGAACUUUAUUUAUCCCCGAGAGGAAAUUCGAUAAGGCUGGACUGUGCGCUGUUGAUUUACAAUUCUGCACCUUUUCAAUCACCAAUGUGAAAAAUCUGACUUGGCAAACACAGGACGUUCAUAUUAAAUGCAUGUUAAUCAGUGAAAGAUAUUUACAGAGAAAAUUGUGCUGGAGGAUUUCUGGUGUGAAGCCGCUCUUAAUGUGAAGCCCCCCUUCACACAUCAACCACAUAUACAUCGUGUUUGUCAGAGGAGGUGAGAACUCAGCAGUUUCCGUGAUGUGUGUGCAUGUGUGUGUGUGUGUGUGUGUGUGUGUGUGUGUGUGUGUGUGUGUGUGUGUGUGUGUGUGUGUGUGUGUGUGUGUGUGUGUGUGUGUGUGCGUGCGUGUGUGCGUGCACCCUAAGCUCACAUUUAGUUCCCUCUGCUUACUGUAACUUUAGCUGAAAAACAUUGACUGCAACCAUGUGUAGAUGUGCACUCGUGGUCGACCAAAUACAGACUUUCAAAAGCUUAUACCAUUACUGAUUAUGUAAGACCAACUCUGCCGAUGGCCGAAAUAUAAUGCUGAUAUCAGGUCGUUUUGUUGUUGACAACUAUUUAUUGAGAACAAUGAGAAGCAACAUUUCUGUACUUGAGGGGAUUUUUUCACCGUAUAAAUGAAGACAGAAAAAGACAAAAAGUAUCCGAAAAAACUAUCAUCAGAUAUUUAAAACUAUUAUUAAAAAACAAAAAGAUGAGUAUUUGGGUUACAACAAAAGAUGAAGUCAGUCAUUUUUUACUCUUAUCUUUUAUGAAACGAAACAAGCUCUUCAUUUCAAUUCUGUGAUGGUAAGUCCCCCCAACACAGCACACAGCCAGAACAUACUUAACAAAUAGAAGCAUUUAUUUUAAUCCCUGCUCUUACGUGUGUGUAAAGAAGGUCUCUGGCUCUUCUCACCACAAAAUUCUCCCCUCCUCCGUGUUUGCCAACUUUGUCUCUCUUCUGCUCAGAGUGAAACAGGUGGUGUAAAGUGGAUGCGUAGUCGGUUUUAGUGGUGGUUAAUGAGAACAGCUGUGACCGAAAAUAUGAGCUCAUCUAGAGAACCAAAACAACAAGCUAAAAUGUUGUAACUGCAAUAUAUCUGAGUCUACAAAUAAGCCCUCUUGACACAAUGAUGUAAUUUGAACAUUUAUUUAUCAUCACUAUGACGACAGUGAUCUGUCCCAAAUGUUGACAUAUUUCCAAACUGUGUUUUUUUCUGGUAUCAGGCCAAAUGAAAAUGUAGUAAAGCAGUUGUUGUACUAUUUUUCCCACAACCUAAACUUUCUCUCCCUAUCUGUGUUUCAGAUGACGCCGUUGUAAAUGAAAAGACCUACAAACCGUUCACAAGGAAGCGACAGGGGGCUGUGAGACGGAGGAUCCACCAGGUCAACGGACAUAAGUUCAUGUCCACCUUCCUCCGUCAGCCCACCUUCUGUUUCCACUGCAAAGAGUUCAUCUGGUGAGAAAGUAGAGCAGGGACAAACUACCGCAACCUGCAUGUGUCUGUGUGCUCUUCAAACUAAAUCUGCUGGUUUCUGUGUUAUAGGGGUGUUUUCGGAAAGCAGGGUUACCAGUGUCAAGGUGAGCGGACCUUGUGUCGUAGUCCGACUUUUCUGUGACACAGUUAAUAAAACAUGGAGAGUUGAGGAUUUGUCUUGUUUUUUUAGUGUGUACCUGUGUGGUUCACAAACGAUGCCACCAGCAGGUUGUCACAGCGUGUCCACGCAUGAAGAAACCAACAAAAGAACAGGUAAGAGGACUCCUGAAAGAGGUCAGAAACAUUUUCCCUGAUUCAUAAUAGUUCAUCAGAGUGAGUUCAAUCAUACGAUCACUUAAUUAUUUUCAUUUUAUAACAGUAAUUCUGUCAAACAGGAUGUGCAGAUGCACCCGCACACCUCUGAUAAACACCUGCAUGUGCAUGUUCCUGUUUUCUGUUGAGCCGAUCACUGAACCAGAGCACUGCCCUUAAGUUUACUAUAUUUUUCCAUUCAUGCCUGUCUUUUUUUUAGCAUUUGUAAUGUUUCCAUAAAUACAUUUGUGCUUCUUUUACCAUCUCAGUAUUUGGUCAUUUUUACCCCUUUUACUGUAUAGUUGCUGAGCAUAACAAGUUUCUCUUCCUCUGGGAAAUUCAGGGAAGCAAAUGCAGCAAGAAAUAGAAGUAAUGUCUCACUGUGUCAAAAAAGGAACUAAACUCACGGGUUAUAAAUUAUGUACAUGGUCGAUGGUUGAGCGAACUGUCAUGUACAAAGUGAGAUAAAGGGUUUACAGCCUGUCCUCUUUCCACAGCCCAUAAACCAAGGCUUCAGCAUCAAUGUACCUCACAAGUUCAACAUCCACAAUUACAAGUCCCCCACUUUUUGUGACCACUGUGGCUCCCUGCUGUGGGGAAUAGUCCGUCAGGGCCUGCACUGCAAAAGUAAGACACAGGUCAAUAACCCUAUUCAAAACCAGGAACCCAAAAGUGCUAAUUUGUCUGACUGAACUUUGUUUUAACUGUCUUUAGUCUGUAAGAUGAACGUUCACAUCCGCUGCAAAGGUAAUGUGGCGCCCAGUUGUGGGGUCAACAGUGUGGAGCUGGCUAAUUGUCUUGCAGAGAUGGGUCUACAGGCUGGAGGACUCUCCAAACGUGGCUCAGAGGUAAAGAGCUGAUUUUUUUUUUCUGGGAUAAGCUAAAUGAUUGUUACCUUAACCUAAAUGUGGCCUAAUCCACGUUUGGUAUUUUUUUAUGGCGCAGCAGUCUAAAAGUGUUUAUCAGAAGAGGCCGUCCCCUGAAAAGAGAGAGAGUGUUGAAUGUCAACCACAGACCCCCCGGCUAGGCAUCUCAGACUUCACAUUUCUACAAGUCCUUGGCAAGGGCAGCUUUGGCAAGGUAGGAGAAUGACAUAAAAAAACGCUCUGCACAAGAAAUGAUGACCACAGCUGAAAAGAGGAACAGAAUAAAAUACGGGAAAAUAAACUGUUUUAGAUCAUUUUUUCGGUAUUCAGCACAAAGUCACUAAAAUAAAUCUUAACUCUGAAAGUAAGUGCAUGAUCGUGAAGCAGAACAUUUGAAAUACGGUGAAUUCUCUGUGUUUUAUCCGUAGGUGAUGCUGGCGAGACUGAACGAUAAAGAAAGGGUCUUUGCAGUGAAGGUGUUGAAGAAGGACAUCAUUCUGCAGGAUGAUGAUGUGGAGUGUACCAUGACAGAGAAGAGGGUGCUAUCACUGGCCCGCUGUCACCCCUACCUCACGCAGCUGUACUGCUGCUUCCAAACAUCGGUCAGUACAAAGCUUACCACACACGUGCACACAAUGCAGCUCAGCAGGUCUAGAUUAUAAUGGCAAUCAUUGUUACUGUUGAAACCAAUCAUUUUUAUGAUGCGUUGUGAGGCAGUUUUGCAUUGAUGUAAUGACAGAAGAUAAUGGAUCAUAGCCUACAAAGUGUGUGUGUGUGUGCAACAGUGUCGGCUAUAAUGAAUUACGUGUGUCAGCCUGACUCCCCUAAGCUGACUCACAGACAGCCGAGCAGCUGGAGACAGAUGAGACCUUUGAGUGGCUUACACUCAGAGUUAGAAGCACCCACUGUGUACUGAUUGGGACAUCAGAUACCCUGCAGACAGUUUUCUGUGUGAUCAGGGUUGAAACAUGGUUAUUCAAUGUGCAGUCUUUGGGGCCUGAAACAAGAUGUUUUUUUUUUAUUUUUAUAUGAUUGAUUGAUUUGAAGUGAUGAUGCUGUGCACUCUCUACUCACUCUCUCUUUCCCAAACACCCCUGUUCACCGCAACAGACACACUGACACUGGGCUUAUUGUCACAGUUUUUUCAUCAGCCCUGUAAAAGCUGAGUGUUGUGAGAUCUCUCCUGUGUACGUUAUGUACACAGUGAGAAAAAGACUGAGAAAAUCUCUGUAGGCUGGUCUGUACAACCAAGUAAAGGUGCAGGUUUGUGUGUUGCAGGGAGAGAAUUGAAGCCCACUGAGCAGAUUUAAGUUUUAGUGAGUAUUAUAAUAAUAAUAAUAAUAAUAAUAAUAAUAAUAACAAUAUUAUUAUCAUUAUUAUUAUUAAGUUGAUAACAAAGUAGAGAUUUAUGUUGAGCUUUGAAAAACCAACUCUAAAAAAAUCACAACAUACUGUUUGUGUACUCUCAGAAAAGAAAAGUAAUCUAAAUGGAUUGUUUAUCCCACCGUAAUUCACAUCUGUAAGAGAAAGUAAGCUUUUUGUAGCUCCUACGCUAACCUGCAUGUGAAUGUGCUUCUACUAAGGACUAUACAAUUUAUUCUAGUUUGCUUAUUUGGAAAGCACUAGGGAUGUCCCGAUCUGAUAUUGAUAUCUGAUAACGGUCUGAUAUCAGAAAAAAAAAGAAUGUCAUAUUAUAUCGCUCUGCAUCUAAAAUCUACGGUAUCAGCACUCCGAUACCAUCAGUCCAUUCCAAAAUCCACUCCGACACCUCUAUCUAGCAGCGUACAGAGCCCACGUGAUCACAACAACAGUGUGUACUGAUACUAACAAAGUAGCAAGGAGUAGGAGUGAUUUUUGCCAUGUGGCAGUAUUUUUUGUUUAAGUCCGAAAAAGACGGUGCAGCUGAUUGCAAAACUGAACAUUGCACAAUUUUGUGCCAAUAUCGAAUCAAUAUAGUUAUCGGCCAAUACUGAAGGCUACAAUAUCGGUAUUGUAUCAGAAGUAAAAGUUGUAUUGGGACACCCGUAGAAAGCACUUCCAUAUUUCAUAUAUCCAUAUAUAUGUAUAUAUUUAUUCCAUAUAUCCAUAUAUGGAAUAUAUAUGUUAGACAAAGUGUCCACAGUUAGCUCAACUCUUUCAGGGCUUUGCAGUUGACAUACCUUGAACAUAAACGUUGAUAUUUUCACUGCAUACAGAUAAGGUUCUCUUUAAACUGCACUUAAUAGAGUUUCUGCCAUUUCCUGGAUUGCAGGACAUGAACUUGUUUUAGCUUCUUUUAUCGGAGUUGGUUGUGGCCCAGAAGCUGCUCUCACACUCGAGCCCAUUACCAUUACAUCUUCAUGAGAAAGACGCUGACGUGUUUUUCACUGCAUCUAUGAGCAGAGAUGUCUGUGGAUUAAUUUCAUAUGCUGUGGGUAGCCAUGCCUUCCCUGCUGUCACCAUUGUUCUAGGGUUUUUAUUAGCUCAGUCAUAAAUUUGAAUUCUGGGUAUUAACACAAAGAGAAUAUACCAGAAGGAGACAUUUAGCUUAAUUUGAAUCCUUACAAGUGUCUUGAAGUUUACUACAUUACAAUGCAAACUCACAUGCUGUUGUUAACAGCUGGUAUGAAUUGUUGAAGCAGAGCGUUUGGUUGUAGGGUUGUAAUGUACAGAUUAACCAGCAGGUGGCAGCGGUGCCCCAAAGAGAAAGUGAGCGACUCAUUGGAGGCUGCAGCUGGCAGAGCUGUUCCUCCUGGCGCAGACCACACACUCCUAAUCUGCUUUGUGUUUUAACCGUCGCUGACCUACUUCACCUCAGAUCAGAAUAGACCGACAGGAAGUGAGGAGUUGACCCUGUGACACUGCGCUCCUGACCGAUUAGUUCACACACACACAAAACCACUAAAAAGUCUUCGCCCUAUGGGAGCACAUUAUUUCACUUUUUAGGUGUCUCUUUAAUCUUUUGGUGUAUGUGUUAACUAUUUGAGUUAUAGUAUUAAGAUAAGAUCUGGUUAAUCAGUUAGGAUUUUAAACUUUAGCUAUUAUGUAAUGACAUGUUGACUCUUAAACCUGUGACUUUGAACCUGUUUCGUGUUUCUCUCUGGUUGGAUAUUGGAAAAGGGUGAGGGGAUGAGAAGCAGAGAUGUAAUGAGUAUUAAUUAAUCAUCUAAAUAAACGUAACAGUACUUCUUACUCAGCAUGUCUACCGUGCAGGAUGUAAUGUUAACACUGGCAUGAGUACAUUUUAACUUCAGCAGAGAAACUUAAAGCCCACCUGCUACAAAUGCAUGUUUUUGAAUUGGUUUAUGUUUUUUAUUAAACAGUCUUUAGUUGAGAAUUAUCAUUAUUUACAGUUAUGUGUAUUGUUACAAGUUUACAGCCAGAUACUCUGAGUUUGCACUGAAUGAUUUUUCAAUUUGAGGAUGAACUGAGAGGGAAAUAAGAGGUGCCUUUAUCUGCCACAGCAGCAGCUGAGGAAAACUCUUUGUUUCACAGCUUGUUACUGGAGUGUUGAGGCAUCAUUUCAUAGACGUGUAGGUAAUUAAACUGUGUUAAUCCAAAAAGCAGCAGGUUUUUGCUGUGAAAAUAAAUUUGGCCAUCACAGGUAGUUAGUAAAAUGUGAAGCAUAAUCUCUUCAAGAACUUUUAUCAAGGGGAAAACAGGGGACAUUUUUUAAGAAUUAUAAGUCCACCUUGAGUUAAAAUUUGAAAUGAACUUUGAUUUUAAAAUGUAAAGGUCGGUACGGUACAGGAAUAUAAAUCCAGAGCACAGUUUUAGUCCAGAGUUCAAGUUUCCCAUGCCCAGACCACACACACAGAGUUCUGCCUGCCUUUUCUGUGCAGCACAGUAUUAUUAAACAUGUAAUCUCAGGGUAACUACCAGCCUGUUGUAAACCACAGAGCAGAUAAACAGACUCAGCUGUGGCUGAAUGUCCUGAUCUCUUCAAGAAGCGUUAUAGGCAGAUCCUUACAUCACGUCCUCCUGCAGUAUUUUUUUUUUUUUUCUUGCUCGCCAUGAUCUCAUUUUCUGGAUCAUUUAUUGACCACAGCCUGUAAUGAGAAAGAAAGAUUUAUGGAUUUGAUCAGUACCUUUUUGCCUGGCUGACUUUCAGCUGUGGUUUGUUGCACAGGAUUCCAUUAGGCCGACAUGAAAUUUAUGAGAAGUAGACGUGCAUCAUCCUUGAAGCAAUCUCGGCAUGGUCAUGGCUUUUCAGGCUGUUUGAUAACACAGGAGGAUCUCAGAGGUUUGUGUGCGCACAGUGUAAAUGUCAUCUACUUGUUUCCUUUCCUAUAGGACCGUCUCUUCUUUGUGAUGGAGUUUGUGAAUGGAGGCGAUCUCAUGUUCCACAUCCAGAAGUCAAGAAAGUUUGAAGAGCCUCGAGCACGCUUCUACACAGCAGAGAUUACCUCUGCCCUGAUGUUUCUGCACAGCAAAGGCAUCAUCUACAGGUGUGAAUCAAGGAACCCCAACUCUUACCCAGCAGGAUGGGUCUAAAGAUGGGUCCAUUUUAACCAGACAAUUUGACCUUGAGUGUCUCCUUAAACUAUCUAGAUGUCUUAAGUUUGGAAAUACUUAUUUUAUGGGCCUUAAAAAUCCGCUAAGUAAUUUUUUGCUCAGUGAGUUUGAAAAAGUCACCCCUUAAAAAUAACAAGACUUAUACAUCAUUUGGUUCAGUAACUUGAAAUUCUUAUUCUUAUUCUUGAAACAUCUCUUACGAACUCUUGGUAUAACAAAAAGGGUAUCAGGGUUUAUCAAACAAAAGAAAGUUUUGAAAAAGUGAACGCUGUAACAAAUACCUCCAUUAAGCAGGCAUUUUACAGCUCACAUUAUUGGGUAUCGAGUUACUUGCUCUUAUCAACAUGCAGGAGAAAGUGGCAGAGUUGUUGUCUCCCUGCCAGUGUACUAUGAUAAUAAAGGGGGCGUCAUUUGAGCAAAGUCCUGAGUUAUAUUUGGUGGUCCGUGUCAGCCAGCACCACAUAGCAUGACUGUUGGGUUAAGAGGCCGCAAGCAGUUUGCAUGGCACUACUAAAAUAACAAAGCAUAUGAGCAGAAUGCACAUCAGGCCUUGCGUUUAAGAAGGGCAGAGAUCACGCUGCCUCCUUAAAUAAAGGCCAUGGUCACAGUUAUUGGUUUGUUAGAAGUGCAUGUAGUCUCAUGACUCUAAACAUCACCUGUGUUUUGUUUUUAGUUGUACUUUCAGGCUCUAGCUGGUGCCCCAGUGUACGUGCUGCCAUCCUCCUCACGAUCAAGUUAAAGCUUGUUCACAGAUUUUUAGAAACCCUAUAGUUUUCUUCUCUUUUACUUUUUCUGUUUCCUCAGCAUUCAUUGUUUUUUACAAGUGACAAAUAAUGAUAUUUUCAUGUACAUUUAAAUGACUAUGGUAUGACCCAGAUCCAGAGUAAAAAUGAAAAAUUAAUAGGAACAUUUUGCCAGAGUUAGUCCAAACCUGGUAUUUGUUAUCAAGGACUCAAAGGCUUAUUUUUUUAAUGGCUCUUAAAAGUAUUUAUAACAGGACUUGGUUUAUACUGAGAUAUAGGAAUAGAAAUAGUUGGUAACAGAAAGAAAAGUGAUAGCAGGUUUAAAAAAAACACGUAUGGUGAGAAAAACCAUGUAAAGGUUUGUUUUACAUGUUCGCAACCUAAAAAUCUUAACACAAGCAUACAGAGGAUAAAACACAGCAUUAUGAACAGCUGCUCCAUGAACACUACUAUUGUGAGGUGUGUUGGUACAGUCCAAUAGAAGUGUUUUUGGGGACUGAACCAUAAAACAACCCAAACUAAAAUCCUGAUUCUUCAAAUACUUUCUUUUCUCUUAAGAUGACAAGACCCUGCUGAAUCUGUGCAUGGUAUCACAGUAGUAAGAGUUUAUGUGAAUGAGGUAGGCUGCAGUAGGAUGUUGUUGCUGGCUCAGAUGCACUCCUAUUACCCCAUGACCACAGUAUGACAAAAGAUCUCACAGACUACGUCACAGCAUUUGUCAGCACUUCCUCGUUUCUUCUCUGGAAAUUUUCGCGUUACUGUAACUUUUGUCUCACCCAGCAAGUUGUCGGAACUCUGGCAUGAACUUAAUCUCCCAGCAUGAUCAAAGUUUAAGAUUUAGACGGUUGCUGUUGGUGCUGCGCUGUCUGCCCCUCCCCCCCAAAAAAGAGAUCAAGUUAAACUUUCCUUUUUAAGUCGAUAAGAUGUGUUAAUAAAAGAGUACAGGAGCUGUAGUUGCUGUGGCUAAUUUACAUACCACUCAGUUUUGUGAGAUAGUAAAAAGAGUAACAAUUUCUCCCUGGACAGUCAUACAAGCUUAUAAAAUUAUAAAGAACUUCAGCGCUGGCCACAUAUCCAGAGUUAAAAAACACAAACAUGUACUUAAACAAGAAAGCACUGAUUGGUCUUCAUUAAGUUUUUUGACCUCUACAUCCUCACAACUGUAAACCCCAUGGCUCAAUAGUCAUGACAUAAAACCCCCAGCUCUCUCUUUCCUGUUUAUUAAGCUGCGAGAGACAGUCACCAAGAGCAUCUGAGUCACUGUUGCACAAUCUGGUAACAAUUAAGAAGAGGGAACCAGAUCAUACUGACCAAACCAGAGCUGCCUGAGCAUGUUUGUACUGGAUCAUACUGGAAAUUAAACCUGGUUCAGUUAAAUUUUUUUCACUUCUUAAUACAGUCAUUCGUUUUCAGCAUCAGCCUGUGUUAUGUUUUAGUAGCUUCUGUCCUGCUUCAUCAGUCUCUUUAAAAUAAAUGUGCUUCCCAAAAAGGGUUGCCUGAUCACAGAUUGCAGCUGAACUCCAAAGCCCACACUCAGCAGCUUUAAUCUCUCUGUCAGAUGACAAAGCAGUACCAGAGGCGGGUAUAUAUUUCCAGAGUUCAUUAUGAGGGCUUCCACAUGCUCAGUCAGCUUUUGCUCAUACAAUGUAUAUAUUGGUACAUCUAGUUAUAAAUUCAAGUUAUAUUAAAACUUUUAUUGCUUUUUGUGGAGAGUUAAGAAUUUGUAUACUGAAAUCAGUAGAUUUUAUUGCAGAAAACGUCCUCAGGUCAUGUAAUAUUUCAUAUGAAGAACAUAUUUUCUGCUCCUACCUUUCUCUGAGGCAAAAUAAAUAUUAGCAUUGGGUUAUUUUUUUCCUUCUGUCAUCUUAAUGUGUCAGACUUCUCCUGGCUGCAGUUUCUGUCUGUGGCUCCUGCUGCUACAGAAGUCUCUCUGUCCUCAAAAGACCUUUUUAUGCUUACCACAAAUUUCUACCUUCUCCAAAUACGAGAAGCAACAACACCAAAACGGAAUGUCUGCGAACUGAGAACAAACUUGACAUUUUAGGGACUUGCUUCCAGCCUCAACUUCUCGUCAUUUAGGCCUGCGUGUGCAUAAUUUAAUAAUAAUUUCUUUGUGUUUGCUUUGCCUCUCAGGGAUCUAAAAUUGGACAAUGUUCUUCUCGACAAAGAUGGUCACUGUAAACUGGCAGACUUUGGCAUGUGCAAAGAGGGCAUAUUUGAGGGUGUGGCCACAGGAACUUUCUGCGGGACCCCAGAUUACAUCGCCCCUGAGGUCAGUUGCUUACUAAACAAACAAUUUCUUUUAUAUGCACUCAAAUUAGAUUUUAUAAGGAGACAAUUUGUUGGUUUAAACACCACACUUGUGAUGUGUGAGGCGUUUUUGUGUUGGUCUGCAACUUGUUUAAAUUCUGGUUCAGUGAAUGGAAGGCUAAUCAGUCAUUUCUGAUGCAUAUCAGGAAGUUGGGAUAUCUAGACAUUGACUGGCUUUCAAGUCUCAGCAUCAAACAAUGUGCGCUAAAGUUGAAACUUUUGUCUUGAACAGUUUUCACUGCACUUGCACGCAGAUAUCCGUUUAUAAAGAUUAAUUCAUCAUCGUUAGAUUACCACCAAUGGGUGCUGGAGGCCGUUUAUGCUAAUUGCACUCCUCCAGCUUUUGCUUUCCAGACGGACUGUUUCUUCAUACACCACAGAUUGCUAAACCUUGAUUGCUUCACACUAUUCUGACUAAAAGUAUAUUACAAAUGAAAACCAGAGCGCCUCUCAAAGUAAAAAUCCAGCUUCUACAUUUCUUUUGGUAAAUCUGUAAGCAGUGAUUGAAACACCCGUCACUCUGGUUUUUGAAUUCAUACCAUGCACGUCUCUUUCACAUCUCCUCUCCAUCACAGUACCUCAUCAAAAACAAACACUCCGGUCUACUCCCUCCUUGGUGGAAAGCAUGCUUAGUUUUCAUGAUUUGGGAUUAUGGUGGUCAGUAGCCUCAUGUUUAAGGGAUUAUUCUCUCAGAAGUGUGCAUCUGGAUUUAUAAAAGGCUCCUUUGCUCUCAUAAACACUUGCACCUCUGUGCAACUCCUCUGGACUCACACUCAUCUGCUCUCUGAAGCCCUCUGUGCCGUGGUGUUUAACAUUAAUGAUCUGCUGUGUGUCCACAGAUCCUGCAGGAGAUGCUGUAUGGACCCUCUGUUGAUUGGUGGGCACUUGGAGUGCUGCUGUAUGAGAUGCUGUCGGGUCACGCUCCAUUCGAGGCUGAAAAUGAAGAUGACCUCUUUGAGUCUAUCCUCAAUGAAGAGAUUGUUUAUGCGUCUUGGCUCAGCACAGAGGCAGUGAAUAUACUCAAAGCUGUGAGUUAUUUCUGUACUUCCAUUUCUCAGAAAAUAGAUCAUUUAACAGUAAAAACAGCUUCACAAAAGGAGGUUAAGUGUUGCUGUGGUGUUUGUCUUUUUGGCAAGCGUUCAACCUCCUGAGAUUUCCUCUGCUGGGCUGUUUUAAUGGUACACAAUUGGAGGAAAUGUCUAUAAAGCUUUUUUUAACUGUGCUGAUGAUAAAGGAAAUCAAUUCCUCACUAAAGCUUUGACCAGCAAGGUCAAGGUAAAGAAACAGGGUGUUGAAUGAACAUUUACUAAAGGACAGAUACCCUGCAUUCCGGGACAGUCACUCACGCCUGUAGUGUGAUUCAUUAGGUGAAAGGUGGGGUGGGGUUUCUAGUGUCAGGGUUUGUUAUUUGUUGUCCUUCAGACCGGCUGACACUCUGACUGCAAAGUGACUCGCAGCCCAAUAGCGCUCUGACAGCCAGCUGUGGGGCCUAGGUCUCUUACAUAACUAUAUUAAGGCAUGGUCCGCUGCCCAGUCACACAACCACGAGCUAUAAAUAUCGCAACGCCCCCUUGCUCCAUUCCUCCUCUUCGUUGCCCCCUGUUCUCCUCCUCUUAUGUAAUCCCCUUCCUCCUCCAAUGUACCCUCACUUUCUCCUCUUAUCCAUGUUUUCACUGAAACUUGCAUGAAGAAGCACAGUGCAAAUCUCUCUGGGUGAUUUAUGUCAGAGCUUCCAGUCGCACAUGUUACGUAAAGAUACAUGUCAGUGGGAGUGGAUUUGAACACACUGAACUAUUUAUACUGAGGGUUGAUCCGUUGUAAAGUUCUCCUUGUUCCUACUCUCAAGUUCAUGGACUCAAGCUGUCAGUCUUACUUUGCAAGGAUCUCCUAAGAAAUGCUAAAUAUGCUUGGCAUAAUUACUGUCAUGAAUGACAGAGGGUUUUAAAAAGUGACAAGAUAGAUCAUUGGUUUCAUUUUUUGUUGCAUAAAUCUAUUCACAAUUAAACUUCUCCAUCAUUUCAACUUUUCCCUUAGAAAUGAUAGUCAGAUGACACAGAGGACAGAGUGACAUCCUUACAUCUGAAGUGUCCUGUGCUGUUUUCUAAUCCAAACUCCUAACACAAAGAUUUAACAUUACUGGAGCUGCUAAGUCCCCAGAUUGCAUCAAAUAAAAGCAGCAGGGUAUCUUUUUCAUCUUUUUGUUUUCACACUUCUUGAUAUCAACCCCAUAUGCUACCUAAUGUUUUAGCCCACGUAUGCAAAGCAACUAAAAUCAUUGGGUCGUAUGUUAUUUUUCUCUGAUCCGGUAAACCUACUGUCUUGCCAGAGAACGGCUAAUUCAUGCAGACAUGCUGACUCGGCAUGUCUUGUGCUCAGGAUGGCACAGCUGACGUGUAGCCACGGAAAGAUGGCAUCAACUUCAGUGGAAUUUUUUCUCCUCAGUUUCGUCUCUGUUGACUCCUGAACCGGUUGACCCCCCCACAUGGUCUUUAUGACUAGUCAUUUCCACUUAAAAACCAUGGUGGUGCACUGGUGGUUUUUAUACAUAUAUUUGAGGUCCUAUUAGGCCCAAAUCAUAGCCUUAAUAAUGCUCACAUUUGCAAGUCCCUGCAUGACACUGCUUAAGCAUUACACUGUGUUGUAUCUUUGAUAUCUUGGGUUAAAUGUCAUGUGCCCUUUUUUAUCAUCCCGCAUACCAGUCUCACUUUUUCUUUGGUGUUUAUGCCUCUGGUAGUUAAAAGUGUUUGAAGCUGAUAUGCCAAGGCAUAAUCAACCUUUCCCAAUGACUCGAGGCUUAUUUGGAAACCUUCAGAGUGAAGGUGUAGACUCAUCAGUUUUGUUGAAGUCUUGUCCAGACAUCACCAUCAUCGGCCCAUAGGUGUGCACAGACUCACCAGCCAAGAGACAGGCCUAUUUGUUUUUUUCUGUGUGUUCCCAGAGGCGAGUGAAAAGAAACUCAAACUCAAUUUUAAGUUUGUUUUAUUUGGACCUCUCCCUCUGGCCUCUAUUACACCGGUGUUGUGCAGAAACAGUUGAAGCUCAGCAGGUAAUUCAAUGCUCUAUUAUUUUGUCGAGUACAACACCAGGAAGUUGAGACACCUUAGUUGCUCCACUAAACCCUGUUGAACUUUGUAGGAGGCGCCAGUCACAGUCCAAGGGGUGUGAGUCUGCGUGUGUGUGUGUGUGUGUGUGUGUGUGUGUGUGUGUGUGUGUGUGUGUGUGUGUGUGUGUGUGUGUGUGUGUGGGUGUGUUUUGUGUGAAUAGGGAGGCGGGGACUGACUGUCAUGCUGGAUCAAGUCCAGUAUGGUGAGCCUCCCAUAAACAUUCUGGUCUGAUCUAGUUCUCUAACCUGUGUCACAUUCCCUCAGUCGAUACAGAUCCUAAACAAUCUGUGGAAAUGUUUGGAUCCCAAAAGUUUUGAUUCUGUUUGUUUGCUCUCAUUCUUAAUCUUGCUAAUAAAUUGUUAAUCAUAAGACAGAUCUUUUCUUACUUAUUAUGACUCCAGUUUCGAUCAAUUCUUCCUUUUUUUUUUUGUCCUUACAGUUCUUGACCAAAAACCCAGCCCGCCGUCUGGGCUGUGUGGCAUCAGAGGGUGGAGAGAGCGCAGUGACCAGCCACGCUUUCUUCCAGGGUAUUGAUUGGGAGAUGCUGAAUCGUAGAGAAAUCGAGCCUCCCUUCAAGCCCAGGAUCGUAAGUCACGAGGCUUCAUUGAUGGCGUGUUAGAAAAUGAUAAUGAAAGCGCUCAGUAGACAUUACGUAGUGUUUGACUUUGUCUUACCUUGUACUUUUGGCCGCUGCUAAAACAUUGCUGCUAAUGAAUAACUCCUCAUUCUUCUCCUCCAGAAAACACCAGAGGACGUCAACAACUUUGACCCAGAUUUUACUCAGGAAGAGCCCACCCUCACACCCAUCGAUGACCCCCUGAUUCCUUCCAUCAACCAGGAGGAGUUUCGAAACUUCUCCUUUACUUCGCCUGAACUGCUGGAGAGCUAGACUUUUCCUCAUUGAUCCAGAACUCGUCUCCUCUUCUCCUCAGUGAGGUUUUGUUCAGGAUGGUCCCCCUGUGGUUCGAACAGUGUGACACUGUCACAUUCCUCAGAGACAUGAGGGUGCAAAGUGCCUGAAGAGUCAGCCAAACUCAUGCCUUACAGGAACAGGGGCUGCACUCUGAAACACUCCUGUAAUUUUCCAGAAGCAAGGCUUUGGACUUUGAAAUGACAGAUUUGAAUAUGAUGCAGCUUAAUCUUCAAUCAUUCAUACAAGUUUCUUUUUUUUUGUCAUGCUGAUGUAAAACUUGUUUGAGAAGGUGAACCAUGUCUUGAAUUUUUUUUUGUACAUUUGCUCUCAUGCUGAGUGAUGAGUUUGCCUCCAAUUACUCCAAAUGAAAAAGAGCACUUAAGAAACAUGA